AUGCAGCCCCAUCCACCAGAAGAGGGUCAGACUGAGCAGCAGUACGAGCUGUCGGCAGCUGUGCCCGCCGAGAAGUCGCCAGCAUUGUCUGAUGAUCUGCCGAAUGCUGAAAUCAAUGUUUCCAUCGUGGAGCCAGUUCAUUCAGAAAAGGAUUCUCCUGACCUCCAGGGAGUCUCUGCUGCCGCCGGCAAUGGUCAGAACAGGCGUAAGACCGAUGCUUCUUUCCGUCCAGCAGAAGAUGCUCCAGCCCCUGCAAGACUCUCAAGAACGACCAGUGAGCAGUCUGGGAAUGCCUCCGACGACUCCGGAGCUGAUACCCUGAAUGAGGAUGAAGAGUGGGCGGCCCAGUUCAUGUCCCGAAUGCUGCCAGCAGCUCCAGACAUCAUCCAGGCGGUCCGCGCGCACCAUGCUGUACGACUGUUCGGCCGCGUCUUUCGGAUUGGAGCAAGCGCUUCGUGUGCAAAAGCGAGCUUUGAGACGGAGACGAUAGAUCAGUUUUGGAGUCACAGCUGGCACGGCCCGAGUUGGAACAAAGCUAUGACGGCUGUAUACCUGAAUAAUGGCAUGGUGGCAGCGCUGGUGGCGGCCCUCGUUGCGGUGUUGUUGAUGUCACUCCAUGCGUAUCAGAUCUUGCC